GUGACUUGGGGCUGUCCGGGCCCCUUUGCACGACGCGCUGGUGCCAUGGGUUGCGGAGCGAGCCAUGCAGUGGUGCCCUUGCAGGAUCCGCCAGAGAGCAGUGUGACGGCUCCGGCGAAGGCCGAAGUCGGCACAGAUGCAGGUGUUUGUGUCAAACCAGAUAGGUCGACUGGCAAAGCUGUGGGCAAGGAGGCACCAUCGGCGCCAACACCGCUUAGCGGCGGUGUGAGAGUUCUGCAGUUGGAGGAGUUUGAGCAGUUGGAUCUCCUGGAUGAGAGACCGAUGUCAGCGGUUUUUCGCUUGCGCCAUAGGCGAACAGGGCUGACCGUUGCUGGCAAGAGAAUUCAGAAGGGAUGUGAAGUGCAUCGCUCUGGUGACUACAUCAAUGAAGUGAAAAUGCUUCAGAAGCUUAGCAAGGCGCCAUAUGUGGUGAGACUGCAUGGUGUGUGCGACACCGACACGGACUUCUGGACGGUCCUGGAGCUUUGUGCGGGGGGACGACUGGCGGUGUUCUUGGAGAAGUUCCCUCGGAAGGCCGACCCAGUGGCCCUGCAGCUCUGCCAGGCAGUUCAGCAAUUGCAUUCAAAGCUAGUGGUCCAUCUUGAUCUCAAGCCCGACAAUGUCCUCCUCUCUGGUGAAGGAGAUGUGCGCCUCUGCGACUUUGUCACCUCGUGCGAGCUCCAGGAUGCGAGACAGCUAAUGAUGGGCAAAUGUGGCACCCCACAUUUCCGAGCUCCUGAAGUGGAGGGCGGAGGUGCUUUCAACGGCCUGAAGGCGGACGUGUAUUCCCUGGGCCGAACUUUGCAAGUUGUGAAGGAGGAACUACAGUCAGCAAGACACACGCUUUGUUCCGAGAUGUUGGAGGUGAUCUCUCACAUGACGAAUGAAGAUCCAUUGAAGCGACCUGGAAUCGUAGAGGUGGUGAACUUCUUGAAGGGAGGGAGCGCCUCCCUUCUGAAGAUGGAUUGGGUUUCUUUGGAGUCAGUGCGGUGCGACGAGCUGGGUGCAAGCAAAGCUCAUGUGCCCAGCAUGAGCAUCAUGAGCCCACUGCAGCAGUCCAAGUCCAAGGUGGUGUGCGCAAGCAACUACUGCCAACGCUUGGGUGCUUGCCUUUGCCAUGACAAAGUGCCAAGAUCAUCCACGCUCAUGAGCCCUCAGGAACGAAGAGAACGAUUACGAAGAUGCAAUACUCCCUAA